UCCAAAACUUAAACAACUCUCAUUUCGCUGUUUCUUUCAUUUCAUAUUUUUGGAGAAAUAAAUAUGAACAUUUUCAUAUGUUGUUUGAAAAAGUUCUUAAUUAGACAUAUCAGUUGAGUUAUAAAAUUUUAUAUAGGAAUUAUUUGUUAAAAAUUUGAUAUUUUCUUGAAACAGAUGGUCAAGUGACUUUUUUCUCCUUUUCGACACUUCACGGAUACCGUUAAGGGUUGUAAACUGCUGUUUAGAAGCAAAUACAUUUGCUGUUGACCGAAUUGAGUGUGAAUUUUGUUUUGUAACUUAAAAUAAAUGUUCCUCUGCAAAUAUUAACAUAAAUCUUCCAGUUAGUAAGGUCAAAUAUGGCAGGCAAAAAAAGGCCCCCAAAAUUAAAAUUUGUUGAAGAAAUAAAACCUCCUGAACCUGUGUUGCCUCCAAGAAAUUUAGAUACUAGAACCACUAUUACUAUUGGUGAUAGAGUAUUUGAAGUUGAAGCAGAUGAUCUUGAAGCUAUUUGCGAAUUAGGUCGAGGUGCUUAUGGCAUUGUUGAAAAAAUGUUGCAUCGGCAAAGUGGAACAGAGAUGGCUGUAAAAAGAAUUACAGCCACUGUGAACAAUGAAGAGCAGAAACGAUUAUUGAUGGAUUUGGAUAUAUCUAUGCGCAGCAGUGAUUGUUUGUACACAGUUCAAUUUUAUGGAGCUUUAUUUAGAGAAGGAGAUGUUUGGAUAUGCAUGGAAGUAAUGGACACAUCUUUGGAUAAAUUUUAUCCAAAGGUUUAUAGUGCUGAACAAACUAUUCCUGAAGAAGUUCUAGCAAAAAUAGCUUUUGCUGUUGUCAGUGCUUUACAUUAUUUACAUAGCAAGUUAAAAGUGAUUCACCGUGAUGUAAAGCCAUCCAAUAUUCUGAUAAGUCGUGGUGGUGCUGUAAAAAUAUGCGACUUUGGCAUUUCUGGAUAUCUUGUAGACUCAAUAGCAAAGACUGUGGAUGCUGGCUGUAAGCCUUAUAUGGCUCCAGAGCGAAUCAAUCCUUCUCCUAACCAAAGAGGAUAUGAUAUACGUUCAGAUGUAUGGAGCUUAGGUAUUACAAUGUAUGAAUUAUCAAUGGGUGUAUUUCCUUAUAAAACAUGGACCACACCAUUUGAACAAUUGAAACAAGUUGUUCAAGAUGAUCCACCUCGUUUACCAAGUGGAAAAUUCUCGGAUAAUUUUGAAGACUUCAUAUCUCAAUGUUUACAGAAGGAUUUUACAAAAAGGCCAAAUUAUCCUCAACUUCUUGAACAUCCAUUUAUAUCAUCAGACUCCACUCGUGAUUUUGACAUCUCAAGAUAUGUUUCAUUUGUGUUAGACAUGUAUGAUAAAGUACCUGAAGGUGCACCGAAGUCAUAGGUACAUCAGAAAAUUUUGUCCGUCUAGCUGUGUGUAUGUGUUAAGGCUAUUUUAUUAUGCUUAAAGCAUAUCUACUUGACUUUUAAAUUUCCAUGAUUUAAAUUUAAAAAAUAUCAUGCAAGAAUAGCAUAUUGACUUUGUACAAUUGAACGAAUGCCAUUUUAAAUUACUUAAAAAAUGACAUCUUAAAAAUUCAUUACAAUUUCAUUUUAUUUAAUGGUAAAUGUAGUAUUUUAAAAGUAUUUAUUUUGUUAAAGAAAAACAUAAUUUUGAUGUAUUUAAAUUGGUAAUUAAUGCAGGUAGGAUGCUUUCUUCAUUUUAUUCUGAUAUUCAUUUUAUUAAAAAGAAAUGCUUAUCAUUUUAUUUUAUUUUUUGUAUGCUUCUUUUUUCAUUUAUUAUGGUUUAAACUUAUUAGAUUUGAAGUGUUUUUUGUUUUGAGAAGCAAUGCAUGAAAAGAUAUUGAAAAGGAUAAUUAUUUUUAUAUCCAUUGACUGAACUCUUAAAGUGCAAUUUAGUUAGAAUUAUUAUAAGAGUACAUAUUAAAUUUUUUUCCAUUAUUGACUUAAUUAGAUAAUAUAUUGAAAUUACUACAUUUUUAGUGCUGGUAUUGUAACUUUUAGUUGAAAGUUUAGUUUAAUUAAUAAUACUUUCUACUCAUAUCAAAUAAUAUCAAAAUUUCUCAUUAAAAGUUUUGAAUCAUAUCAACCGCCCCCCUCCCUUCUUUUUGUGUGUACUUUUUAGUAUAUAAUUGCAUUUUGUGUAUUAAAUUCUUGAAGAAAUGAUGUAAAAUUGUUUCCACUUGUAAUCAUAUCACACUACUUAAAUUUUUUGUGCAUUGUUUCGAAUUUUCGACUACAUAUUCUUGUACUUUAAAAAUAGGUAAAUUGUUCUGCUUUUUAAAACAUUUAGAUAUAUUUUUAAUACAGUUAAAUGUUGAUUGUGAUUAAUGAAAUUAACAAUUAUGUAUGUGUUGUUAUAAAAUAAGUUUUUGUUGCUCAUGAUGUAUAUAGUAUUACCAGUUAUGUUUCUUGUUAUGUAAACAGCUAUAAGCUUGAAUUUAAACUGUCCAUUCUAUAGAAUUUUGACAUAAGUGCCUUCUUUCCGAUUUUUAUCUUUUACCAUAUUAAUUUGAAUUUCUAUUUAUCAUUAUAAGAUUUAAAAAAAAAAACUUGUAUCAGAGCAGCUAAUUGUAAUA